AUGAUCUGGGCAAAAAGUCUCGUGUUUUUGGCCGGCGCGGUGCCCUUCGCUGUGGCCAUCAAUAACUGCCCACUGGAUGGGCCCGUAUUUCCUAAGCCGGCAAAGCUUUCGUCGACGCCGGUCAUCCAGCAGGCUGUUGAAAGCCUGACGAAGCAAUUCACGGAUUGGAAUGCCAACGGGACGGCGACGGCGAACUUUUCAUAUUCCAUCCAGAUCUUCUCAGCACAUGAACCGGAGCCGCUCUUGUCGCUCUCACAUACAGCGCCGAAGUUGGCCACUAUAAAGCACCCUGGCGUCACAACUGUCGACGAGAAUACAGUCUUCCGGCUGGGUAGUCUGACCAAAGUUUUCACUGUCUAUAACUUUCUGCUAAAUGCUGGCGAUACGAUGUGGAAUGACCCCAUCACGAAAUAUGUACCAGAGUUGGCAGCGAUUGUGGCCAAUAGAACGACUGAGAACGCAGUGCUUAACACAGAUUGGGACGAGAUCACCAUUGGGUCGCUCAUGACCCAGUUGGCAGGAAUCCCGCGAGACUAUGCCCUGCUUGGUGAACUUACACAAAUGGACUCAACCAAGGACUCUGUUGUGAGACUGGGGUUUCCACCGCUACCCAAAGCGCAGAUUCCGCCUUGCGGCGAUGUUCCUUUAUGCACUCGUGAGCAGUUCUUCACCGGUAUUGCCAAGUUCUAUCCAUCCGUUGCACCGUUCCAGACCCCAACGUAUUCGGACAUUGCAUUUCAGCUACUCGGAUAUGCCCUUGAACAAAUUACCGGAAAGGACUACCAGUCACUGCUGCAAGACACAGUGCUAACUCCUUUGAAUCUGACCAACACUUUCUACAAGGUUCCGAAACAGGCGCUUGGUAUUAUUCCGGGCAGCGCAAAUGCGACAAAAUGGUCUUUCCAACUUGGCGAUGAGGCUCCGGCCGGCAACAUGUACUCAAGCGCCGCUGAUAUUGCAGCGUUUGGUCGAGCAAUCCUAAGCUUCAAGCAGCUGUCCCCUGCAAUGACAAGGCGGUGGCUGAAGCCUUUCUCCUUCUCUUCAGACCCAAAGGCCAGCGUUGGCGCACCCUGGGGCGCCCGCCGCAUUCCGUUGGGCCCCGAGUACCGUCAAACAACUGGAUACAACAAAGCGGGUGGUAUAGGAAGCUACAUGGCAGCGUUCGUUCUGAUUCCGGAUUACGAUAUUGGUUUCUCCAUCAUGAUCGCGGGAGACAUCCCCGGCAACACCAACUGGAACAUUGCCGACAUGUUAGGCACCACAUUUGUCCCGGCCGUAACGCUUGCGGCCAAGAACCAGGCUGCUAACAAGUACAACGGUUACUACGCUCUCGCCAAUGGCACGCAGAACGACGGGCUGUACACCUUCGCCAAUAGCACCCGCCGCUUUAACUCGUCGCUAACUAUCGAAACCGACAACAAGCCCGGCCUAUCCAUCUCGCAGUGGUACAGCAACGGCACCGACUUCAAGGCCGUUGUCGUCUCGCUGCAGUUGACAUACGUGCCGACGACCCCGAGCAUCCGCCUAUAUCCAACCGCGCUGCAGGCCGACCUGCCCAACGGCGGUAAGCAGAUCAAGUUCAAGGCCCUGUUCGAGGACCUAGCCGCCCCGGAGCAGGUCGACAAGAUGUUCUCGACCGACUGCGGCAGCUGGGUCGGCGUCGAGAGCGUUAUAUAUGGCAGCAUGAGCGCCGAUGAUAUCAUUUUCAACACGGAUGCGACGGGGGCGGUGACGGGUGUUUAUAUACCAGCGCUCAGGAUCACGCUGCCGAAACAGUCGUGA